AGUCUCCUUCCCCUCCUGAGCCCUCCUUGGAAGAUUUUAUUCACAGGAGGGGGGUAAUUCUGUCGGUCCCAUUAUCUAGCCACUAGCUGGGAAUGUGAUUUGCAAGGGAUAUUGUCUGAGCCCCAGCUUCAGUUCCUCACCCUAGUGACCCCCUCCUCCCUCUCCUUCCCGUUAUUACUGAGGAGAGGCAAUCUUCCUUUCACGUUGUCAGAGCCCGGACGGAUGGCCCUUCCUAUUGGUCAGAGCCCCAGAGCCCACUGUCCCCUCCUUUCCUCUUUUCCUCUCCUCCUCUCCUCCCCUCUCUGUGCUAUAAUAUAAAGCAGAGGCUUCUCGCCCGCAGCAUCAGUCUACUAAACACCAGAGUGUAGCUGACGCCCUCCUCCUGCGGCUGCUACUGCUACUACGAGGCUGACUGGGAAAACGGGUCAGAAGCCUGCCACCAUUCACUCCCCAGCCUGUUGCCUGCCGUCUGCUAGGAUGUGUCGGACACUCUCUGCAUUUCCCAGCACCUGUCUGGAAAGAGCCAAAGAGUUCAAGACUCGUCUUGGAAUCUUCCUUCAUAAAUCGGAAUUGGGCACUGAGAGUGGGAAUGUCAGCAAAUUUGAGAGGGGCAACAAACAUAGCAAAGAGAAACUUGUUCCAGAAGAUGUGUUAGUAUGGAAGGAGUCCUUUAACCAGUUACUGAGCAGCCAAAAUGGGGUAGCUGCAUUCCGGGCCUUCCUAAAGACUGAGUUCAGUGAGGAGAAUUUGGAAUUCUGGCUGGCCUGUGAGGAGUUCAAGAAAAUCCAAUCAGCUGCCAAGUUGGCCACCAGGGCACACAGAAUCUUUGAAGAAUUCAUCUGCAGUGAUGCUCCCAAAGAGGUAAACAUUGACCACGAAACAAGAGAGCUCACCCGGAAGAACCUGCAGGAAGCCACAACGACAUGCUUUGAUGAGGCUCAAGGGAAGACUCACACCCUGAUGGAGAAGGACUCCUACCCUCGCUUCCUGAAAUCAGCAGCAUACAGAGACCUUGUAGAACAGGCCCUUGCAGCUUCUCCCUCCCAGUCCGUCCGCCAUGUUGGAGAAUGUUCACACACCUGAGCCUCUGGAUGGGGCAGCUCUCUGGGGGAGGCGGGAGCUGCAAGGCAAUUGGAAAGGACACACAGAGAAAAAGUAAUUGGAGCCUUAUGUCCUGGACUCUGACUCUCCUGAAAUAUUUCAGACUAAACUGUUAACAAAGGGAAUCCUCUCCCCACCCCACUCCCACUGUGGUAGGGAGCCAAAAGGAACAAAGGAUACAUCUGGUCAAUAGAUCCCAUUGGCUCCUUUCAAUCUCACUGGGACAAAUAAGGGUUCUUGGGUCUUUGAUGGGUGUAAAUGGAAACCUGAAAAUGGGCAGACAUAAAGGGCAGAAGAACAAGAUCUCUGGGCUAGUGGUGGUCUGGACAAGGAAGGGACCACUAUUAUAUUCUGGGAAAGGAAUUGCCCUGUUCUGCCCUCACUUACCACUUACCCAAGAGCUCUGCCUGUUGUACUGGUGUUUCUAUCUCUUCUACCUGUAGCUAAGUGCCAAUAGGUAGGAAACCAGACCCAACAGUCAGUGAAUGAAUCAGAAAGAGGUGGUAUUGGCAGGGUAACUGAAAUGGAAGAAGUAAUGCCAUCAAGGUUAGUAGUGGAUAUUGAAGAGCCACUGGAAAAAGGAGUUCAUAUAAGGAACUGUGCCUAUAGUCAACCCAGAUAGGUUCUGGACCUUGUUGAAAACAUCCUUGAGUCAGUUAUGAAGUUCCACCUAGGAAACUUUUUUUAAUGGAAAAUCAAUGUCUUAGACCCUCUUGUGACCUUUGCCAGGACAGAAUUGGCAUAAAAAUCAGAAUGAAAUGAGAGUUGGGUCUCCUGACUCCCAGUUCAUAGCUGUUUUUAUCAUAUCUCCACUUAAUUUGACAGAAGAAGGCAAAAGCAACUGUUGGAUCUGGCUUUUGGCCUUGGUUUGGGAAUUACAAUCACUGGGCAGAACAUGGCAGAACGUGAACCAGAGUUACCUUAAGCCAAAGAGUUGAGGUUUUUUGUGGAGUUUGGGAAAGACCAUGGCUCAAAGGAUAGAGUACAAAGGGAAUGGGGACAUGGUCAGGGGACAGGAGGCAGGACCUUUAAGAGAAUCAACACCUGUCCUUUCCAUUCUGACGUUUCUGAACAAAUGCAUUCCUCCCUGAGGCUGCCAGUUAUCCAGACUGGAGAUAGGAUCGAAGUAGGCACCCAGGCAGAGAUGGCUACAGAAUUCUGAUCCAGGAGAAAAAUGAACACUACCCUUUUCACCAUGAGAGCUCCUCCAGAGAAAAGUAUUUAAAUGUGAGAGGACAUUGAUUUAACAUAUUGUUGUUCUAAUUAUUAUUAUUAUUAUUGUUGUUGCUGUUGUUAUUGUUAUUUAUUAUUUGUCGUUUUCAAAUCCCCUGUCUGGAGGACCUCUCAAAACUAGCAGCCAGAUUUUCCUCCUCUUUGCCCAAUUCUACCUCUGAGGCUGCUGGGAACCCCUUAGGGAGGCUCAGGGGCUCUUCACAGCUUACAUUUAUGUUUAUUUAUUUAUUCUUACAUUUGGAGCCGGUUUCCUAGCUGUGAAUGAAACCCAUGAUCCUCCUUUCCAGUAUGACAGCAUGUUACAUUCUGGUGAAAUAAAGUGAAAGCCCCAAAUGGUGA